GGUUGAUUAGUCAGGCCUCAGAAAGAUGGCGUCCUCGGAGCAGGCAGAGCAGCCGAGCCAGCCAAGCUCUACUCCAGGAAGUGAAAAUGUGCUGCCUCGAGAGCCGCUGAUUGCCACGGCAGUGAAGUUUCUACAGAAUUCCCGGGUCCGCCAGAGCCCACUUGCAACCAGGAGAGCAUUCCUAAAGAAGAAAGGGCUGACAGAUGAAGAGAUUGAUAUGGCCUUCCAGCAGUCGGGCACUGCUGCCGAUGAGCCUUCGUCCUUGGGCCCAGCCACACAGGUGGUUCCUGUCCAGCCCCCUCACCUCAUAUCUCAGCCAUACAAUCCCACAGGCUCCCGAUGGCGAGAUUACGGCGCCCUGGCCAUCAUCAUGGCAGGCAUCGCAUUUGGCUUUCACCAGCUCUACAAGAAAUACCUGCUCCCUCUCAUCCUGGGCGGCCGAGAGGACAGAAAGCAGCUGGAGAGGAUGGAGGCCGGUCUCUCUGAGCUGAGUGGCAGCGUGGCCCAGACAGUGACUCAGUUACAGACGACCCUCGCCUCCGUCCAGGAGCUGCUGAUUCAGCAGCAGCAGAAGAUCCAGGAGCUUGCCCACGAGCUGGCCGCUGCCAAGGCCACUACAUCCACCAACUGGAUCCUGGAGUCCCAGAAUAUCAACGAACUCAAGUCUGAAAUUAACUCCUUGAAAGGGCUUCUUUUAAAUCGGAGGCAGUUCCCUCCAUCCCCGUCAGCCCCGAAGAUCCCCUCGUGGCAGAUCCCGGUCAAGUCACCGUCACCCUCCAGCCCCGCGGCCGUGAACCACCACAGCAGCAGCGACAUCUCACCUGUCAGCAAUGAGUCCACGUCGUCCUCGCCUGGGAAGGAGGGCCACAGCCCCGAGGGCUCCACGGUCACCUACCACCUGCUGGGCCCCCAGGAGGAAGGCGAGGGGGUGGUGGAUGUCAAGGGCCAGGUGCGGAUGGAGGUGCAAGGCGAGGAGGAGAAGAGGGAGGACAAGGAGGACGAGGAGGACGAGGAGGAUGAUGAUGUGAGCCAUGUGGACGAGGAGGACUGCCUGGGGGUGCAGAGGGAGGACCGCCGGGGCGGGGAUGGGCAGAUAAACGAGCAGGUGGAGAAGCUGCGGCGGCCCGAGGGCGCCAGCAAUGAGAGUGAGCGGGACUAGGGCUGCACCUGCUGCCUCCAGCCUGAGGAUGGCAUCCAGUGUGCCCGUGCGUGGCCACACCCUGCCUCUCUCUCUGGCCCUGGGAGGGCAGCUUGGAGCCCAGGUAGGGGGCAGAGCUGUCCUCAGCUGCACUGUGGCCUGGUGGCAGCAUGGGGAGUCACACUUCUGUCCCCCUGGCCUCCUCUCGCCUGGCCGCCAGCCCCAGCCCCAGCCCCAGGCCCAGCGGCCUUUGGCAUCGAUCUCAAGUCAGGCUGAAGGCAGCAAAGCCUCGGGGCCCAAGCCCCUCCCCAGCCCCCUCUCCCAGACAGACGCCUUGCCCAGGGUGUGUUUGCCGAGUGUCUUGACUACCGUGGCACCACGCAUGGCCAGAGCUAGCGUCCCUACUGCCUCCCGACGACUCAGUGGAGGAGGAGCUGCGGUCCCUCUGGUGUCUGCCGUUCACUUCCCUCCCUGGGCCCGGCCCUGGACCCCUCAGGUGCCUGUCCCCAGCCCCCAGUCGUGCCCUGUCGUCCUCCCAGACAAAUGAAACCACGCUGCGCUUCUGAUGCCCCCGCUUGCCGUGUAAUGGUUCAGCUAAUCCCAUGGCGAGAUGGGGCUCACUCCGGAGGAGGAGCCAGGCAUCAGGGCCUUCCUGACCAACAGCCAGCUCUGUCCUUCCCCCCAGGAAACACAUGUUCAUUUGUGUGAUCAUGUAUAGACCUCAGAACGGAAGAUAGGACUGUAUAUAAUUGUAAUAAAUACCAGUUGCCACUAUUUAA